GUAGCACCUGUUCGCUGAUAAGUAUGGACGAUCGCCAAGCACAAGGAAGUUCGCGUCACGGAUGGCACGUGAGAACGCGAAUCGCGGUAAUAAUAUUCAUCUGCUUGGCUAUCAGUUCGAUGAUCAUUUUCUGGUUCAUUAGUUCGAUUAUUAUAGAGAAUCGGCGGGAUGGUAGAUACAGAGGAUCGAUUGAUGGGAAAUCUUAUAAAAUGGCCUCUUUGGAGAGGCUAUCCGAUCAAGUUUUACCGUUGGAAUACACCUUGAAAAUAAUGCCUAUACUAGAGGAGAAAAAUUUUACGAUGAUCGGCGUCGCACAGAUUCAAUUUUAUUCCAAGAUCCCGACUAAACACAUACGCUUUCACGCCCGCAAACUCUUCAUACAAAAUAUUAGCGUGAUGGAAUAUCGUUCGCCGAACGAAUCGAAGCUGAUUAGCAAAUACGUCGUGACGGAUGAGAAGGAUUUUAUCGAUGUGUUUUUUUUGCAAAUACUAAUGGCGGGAGAGACUUACGUUUUGCAUGUAGAAUAUACGAUGCCAUUGCAUGAGGAACCGACAGGAUUUUUUAGGAGUGCAUACAUCGACCGCGAUACCAACGAAAUCAGGUGGAUAGCAGUGUCAAAUUUCUCCCCUGAUUACGCUCGCACGGCCUAUCCAUGCUUCGACGAACCAUGGAUCAAGACGCCGUUUCGUAUUUCAAUCGGCAGAAAGUUCAACAUGCGAUCGCACUCGAAUUCAAUGCUAAAAUUCACUGAAGAAAUUCGUGAUAUGCCUGGAUAUGUUUGGGACCAUUACAAGAAAACGUUACCGAUGCCCACGUACUUGGUCGCUUUUAUGGUCACCGAUUUCGUGAGUUACGAAGUUGCCGUCACCGAUCGACCGUCGCAUACGAUCUUUGUCAGGAAAGAUGUCGCAAAUAAUACAAAAUAUAUCGGCAAUUUGAUACCAAAAUUGCUUCGUUUAAUUCAAAAUUUUACCAAAUCUUAUUACGAAUUGGACAAGCUGGAUGCGAUUGUGGUUCCCAAUUUUGCUUAUUCCGCGAUGGAAAACUGGGGCCUUAUAACGUUUCGAGAAGAUUCCAUCCUCGUUGCUAGUAUCGCGGCGCACGAAGUCGCCCAUCAAUGGUUCGGUAAUCUCGUAACACCGAAAUGGUGGGAUGACGUGUGGUUGAAAGAAGGAUUCUCCUCAUUUUUCGGAUACUUAGCAUUAAGCGUGCUCGAGCCUGCAUCCUGGGAUGCGCAGACCAGCUUCCUGAUCGAGUGCCGCGACGUGUUCGAUAACGAUGCCUACGAAACGGCACACCCAUUGCAUAUUGAUCUGAGCGAACUGAGCAAGCUCGCCGAUGUCUUUGAUUUGACGUCGUAUGUCAAGGGUAAUUGCAUGGCGCAUAUGAUCUAUCAUUUUCUGGGUGAGCGGAUCUUUCUGUCAUCUGUGCGCGGCUACGUACACACAUACUGCUAUCGCAGCGCUAAUCAAAUGGAUCUCUGGAGCGCUUUUCAGACUGAGAUCGAUGGAGCGAACGGGCUACCGGCUUCUUCGGGGCUCCGCAUGAAGGACGUUAUGCGAACUUGGACGUAUCAGGCAGGAUUCCCUGUCCUGCACGUCCGACAGAAUCGUGAAACCGGUGCGAUCGAGCUUACGCAGGAUCGAUUUUAUCAUUAUGGCAUAAAUAGUACGAGCGAAGAGUUAUGGCACAUUCCGUUGACGUGGACAACCGAAAAUGAACAGCAAUUUGGUAAUACUUUGCCGAAGCCAUGGAUGGUCAAGAAACGCAUGAAAAUUAACGACACCGUUCUGAGCCGGGCGACUUUCAACAAUCAGUGGAUUCUGUUCAAUAUCAAUCAAACGGCUUUGUAUCGUGUCAACUACGAUAUAGAGAACUGGAAAUUGUUAACGAAAUACUUUCGAGCUUUGCCGAAAGUAGCAAAAGUGCAAGUACUGACCGACUCGUCUGCGAUGGUUAACGCUGGACUGCUCGAUAAAAGAAUCAUGUGGAGUAUUCUUGAGAAACUGGAAACGGAGAGCGGAGAAAUGUUGUGGACACCCGCAAUACCUUUAUUGACUACGAUCCAGAGUCGUCUUUGGGACUCAAGUAUAUUCGAGUUCGUGAUGUGCAAAUUCAUAGACAAGGUGUACAGAAAAAUGGCACCAUCGCUGGUCCAUAAAGAUCCUACGCUGUGGACAGAAUUUGAGGUCAAUCUAAUGAAAUCGGCAUGUUUAGCGGGUCAUCGGGCAUGUUUAAGGGAAGCUCGCAACUUUGCUCACAAAAUACGAAACGAAUCAUCAAACUCUAUUCCAGAGAAAUUUCGUAGCUGGACGUAUUGUACAUUUGUGAAAAUUGCUAAGAACGAAGAACGGCUGACAUUCUUGAAGAGGUACAACGAAUCAGCGAUAUAUGAAAAGGAAAGCCUCGCCUUCGCAUUAGGAUGUGAUAAAAAUCCGAAUCUGUUGAAAAAAUAUCUGCCUAUGAUAUUUUCACAAAACAAUACGCCUGAAAUUGCAGAAAAGGCUCUAACAUCCGUUGCGUUAAAUCCACAUGGAUAUCACAUUGCAAUGGAAUUCCUAAUUCAACAUUGGGAUAAGUUUAAUACGAAUGCAACAGAAAAACAUAAUAAUUAUGCGAAUGUUAUUCUGAUCAAUAUAUUGCGUGCCUUCGAGAAAUGUAUUCGUCAAGAAGAGGAUGUGGAAUGGGUAAGAAAAUUGCGCGAAUGGUGAAACUUAACGAGGAUCGGAAAGUGAACGAUGGCGUUCCCCGAAAACGGAUAUGCAUACCUCGCGGGUAUAAAAAGUGCCCAAGUAUUAUGUAACUAUCACG